AUGAUUCCAAUUGUUAUCAUUAAAACAAAAAAGGCAAACAGUGAAAAAACAUCAACAAAAGAAGAAGGAACAAUUGAAAUAACAGAAGAAAUGGAAGUAACAACAGUCUUUUUCUCAACUCAUAUUUGUAAUCCAGAAUCAACUAUCACAUCAACUUCAACAACAACAACGUUACCAACAACAUCAACAUCAACAGCAACGUCAGUGGUUUGGGUCAAAAUUGCAUCAGACAGUGUGAUUGGUGAUCAAAACUGUGCGUCAGGUGGAUACGUCCCAUCGGCAACAUUGAGUGACUGUGAGAGCGGUUGUCUGUCUGUUAGUGGUUGUACAGCAGUCGAUUGGAAUAUAAAUGGUGCAGGAUGUUCAUAUCGUCAAUGUACUACCUAUCCGCCGAAUUAUUUAGGCCAAAGUGACUGGGAAAUAUGGGCGAUAGGAACAGGAACAUCAGCAACAACAACAAUAUCAGUGCCAGCAGUCGUAUUUCCUAAUGGACGUUAUAGUUUCUGGCCGAUGGAAAACAAUGCCUUUGAUGUGAUAUCAGGUCUUAGUGGAACAGGUGUCAACUCACCUACUUAUGAAACACCUGGCAUCACCGGUACUGGAUAUGCUCUGAAACUCAUCCGUAGCAGUCAUCAGUAUAUAACAAUACCAAUCUAUAAAAGCUUCGUUAAUACCAGUUUCACAGUGGAAAUGUGGAUUCAUCUUACUUCUCUAGAUGUUAACUAUCAUGCACUUUUUACUCAACGUGAUACGGAAUCACAAGAUCACUAUUUACACCUGGUGAUUGAAAACUUUCAGCUGAACAUGGAGUUUUAUAGCGAUGGAGUUAAAGGUACGACUUCACUGACAGCAAACGCUUGGUAUCACGUAGCUUUUGUCUACGACUAUUCAUCAAAAACACAAACUAUUUACUUGAAUGGAAACCAAGAUGCCAGUCGUAGUUCAGCUGGGCCAUAUUUAGGCAUGACUGGUUCGAUAACUAUGGGGCACUUGCCGAAUAUUGAGGGCAAUACGAACUUUGAUGGUUUAAUCGAUCAAGUGUCACUCACUAUGGCAGCUAAAAGUGUUCAUGACAUUCUUAACGAUGCUACUUUGGCCUCAUGGCAUUCAUUCGAUUGUGAAAUUACUCAUGAUUCAGGUCCAAAUAAACUCCAAGGGAAGGCUGUUGAUGUCACACCAGCACUUGGUAAAGUGAAUCAAGGAUUACAGUUCAGCUUGAGUUCAUCUUAUUAUCAGGUACGUUGUCGACUUAGUUGA